AUUAAUUUGGAAGGUUCUAGAAUGUCAACCUUGAAGAUAUUAUGGUUCUCAAUAUGUCUCAUGAUAGAGGCUAUAACUGAAAAUGAAAGCACAUGCAAAUAUGGUGCGAAAUAUCCCAACAUAACAUGCAGUAAGCGUUCACCUUCCUGCCCAAAUACAUAUGUGUGUAAGAAAAAAGAAAAGGCAUGUUGCCAAUACAAGAUUCCAAAAUGUGACCCAUUGAUGGAUGAUAAAAACGUUCCAUAUAAAUGCAGAGGAGGGGGUAGUAUAAAAUGUGCAAAGAAGUCAAAGGAUCAUUUCUGUUACAGCUCCCAAGCUAACCUUUAUUCUAUAUGUUGUAGGAAUGUUACAUGCAAGGAUGAAGCAGGCAAGAAACACAAAUAUGGGUUCAAACCUUGGAGAAGUCCCGUGGACAAAUGUAGUAAAUGUACCUGCCUGCGAAAUGGUCAAAUCAACUGUCCAAAGAAAAACAAGUGUUACAUCUGUCCCAAGUCAGUGACGGGAGAAAGAACAAAACUGUAUCGUAAUGACACAUAUUGGAAGUCUAAUUGUGAAAGAUGUACAUGCAUCUCCAAGAAUCAUAUCCCCUGUCAUGGGCCAUGUGCCAGAGGAACACAAGGAAAGUAUAGUGAAUUUUCGCCUUUGGCUCCAUCUAGUGGUGGAUGUACAAGGCAAGGACAGAUCCGACAAUGUUAUGGUGCAAAAGGUGAAGAUGGCUCUGACUGCUUUUCUACGACCAUAAACUUCACAACGAGCCAAUCACAUGAUCAUGCAUGUUCCCGAGCGGGAGAACCUAUCACGGACAGCACACCCAUUAUUAUAGGUGGUACAGAAGUAGAGCCAAAGUAUAACUGGCGGUGGAUGGUUCACUUGAGCUCAAAGUGUGGAGGGACAAUCCUUACCCCGAAACAUAUACUAACAGCAGCCCAUUGUAUCAACUCAAGGGAGAUGCCACUAAUAAUCAAAACAGGCAAACAUAACAAGACUAUUGAUGAACCGUUCCAACAAGUACGUGAAGUUAACAUCACAAAUAUAAUCAUACAUGAAGAUUAUGAUCGAAAUACAAAGAAUAAUGACAUUGCAAUCAUUACAGUGGACCCACCAAUAGUGUUCAAUAACGUUACUCAACCUAUACUCCUCCCAGAGUCCAAAAGUAGUUCGCCAGACAAGUAUUGUGUAGCUAUAGGGUGGGGAAUCGCAUCAAAUGAAUCAGUUUUUGGAUUUGCAAAAAUGGUUUUUCAAAAAUCAUCAGAGGUCUUGCUCGAAGUGACUUUGAGAGAAAUCAAGUGUAAACAUUCAGGGGUGGACGAGAUGACAAUGUUUUGUGCAAAGAUGCCACAAAAAGAUACAUGUAGCGGAGAUUCUGGAGGUCCAUUCAUGUGUCGUGAUCCCAUAACUCGAUUAUGGACACAAUAUGGGAUCACAAGUUGGGGCCCUAAAUUCUCAUGUGGCAUCCACGGAGGAGUAUACACAAAAUUAACCAACUACAUAGAUUGGAUUGCAGAGAAAAUCACACUCAAUGGAGACUGGGGUGAAUUUAGCAGUUAUACUCAAUGUACGAAAUCUUGUGGAAGUGGGAAAAGGUCAAAGGUGAGAGUGUGUACCAAUCCUGAACCUAUAGGAAGUGGGACAUGUGUUGGGGAAAUCGGGACAAAGUAUAAGGAUGAAGAGACCGGGUACAUUUCAGAUGUUGUUACAGAAUUGUGUAAUACACAGUCAUGUUAAAGAACAAGUGAAAAACGUUGUUGAAGAACAAAUGAAAAAUGGAACAACCAACAACCAACAACAAGGUUCAUUGAAACACGAAGCAAAAUAUCAUGGAAAUAAUGUUACAUUACAAAUAAAAGCAAAUACUGCCACUGAUUGGUGUGUUUUGUUGGCCUUGACAUUACAACCUUUUGUAGUCAUAAACUUUCCCAAAAGUCAGCCCAAUGGCACACACUGGAGAAUAAGUAUGUGAUUUUAAGCUAUUUUUGUUGUCCUGUGUCACGUUGAUUGAGUUAUGUCCUAGAAUGCUAACCUUGUAUUCUCAAAUGCAACUAAC